AUGAAAUAAAAUAUAACCAACAACCCUAAAGUCAUUCGAAAGAGUAAGCACUAACCUUCAUACUCUCAUAGGACCUUGGAGUGAAGAUGAGGAUAUGAAAGUUCUUGAAUUGAUUCAAACAUUUGGUCCUUAAAAAUGGACCCAAAUCGCCCAAUACUUACAAGGCAGAGUAGGAAAGCAAUGUAGAGAAAGGUUCAUGCCAUUACUCAUCUUUUUAGAUGGCAUAAUCAUUUAAAUCCAUCGAUAAAAAGAUCUCCUUGGGCUGAAGAUGAAGAAUGGAUUCUAUAUCUAUACCACAAAGUCUUUCGUAACCAUAUACACAUUCAAUAUUUACAGGUAACAAAUGGUCUGAAAU